AUGAAGAUUUAUUUUUGCGCGAGCAUCCGUGGCGGAAGGGAGGACGCGCCCGUGUACGAGCACAUCGUUAAGACGCUAGGAAACUUCGGCGAAGUUCUGACGGAGCACGUGGGAGACCGCCACCUCACCGACACAGGUGAGGGGCUACGGGACGGCGCCAUCCACGAUCGGGACCUGGUGUGGCUGAGACAAGCCGAUGCGGUGGUCGCUGAGGUGACGCAGCCGUCGCUGGGCGUGGGCUACGAGCUGGGUCACGCUUACCUGCUGGAGAAGAAAAUCCUCUGUCUCUUCAGACCGUCGUCGGGCCGGAGGUUGUCGGCCAUGAUCAGAGGAGCGGCGGACGGCGAGCGGGUCCAGGUGAUCGAUUAUCACGGCCUGGACGACGUGAACGAGAUUUUGGAGCGCUUCUUUAAAAUGGAAGCUCGCUGA